AUGAAGAAGGAAUUACUUGCACGUGAUGGGACUGUAAAUUGGUUCAGACAGAGAUGUUUGUGUCUACGUAAAGUAGAAGAAGAAGAAGUGAAUACAACAACAACAACAACAACUACUGAAGAUGAGGAUGAAUACAAGGAACCAGUGAUGCAGACUUCUGGUUAUGAAUUGGCUGAUCGAUCAGAGGUUGGAAGAUUGUUGCCUGCAUACAAUUAUUUUGAUGGUCGAUUUUCAAUAGGUGAUUCAGAUUCACAUACUUGUGUGGUUCAUCAUGAUGGAAUUGUUUACUUUUGGGGAGGAAGAAAUGAAACAAAUGGAAAGAUUCAUAGAUUUGAUUUGAGAACAUAUACAUGGAUGAAACCAAUUUCUUCCAAUCUGGAUAAAAAAGAUUCACGAUACUAUCAUGGCUUUACUAAACAAGAGAAUGACCCAAUAUUUUGGAUGUUUGGAGGGCUCGAUAACCAAGAAUCAAAAUAUUACAAUGAUUUAAUACGUGUAGAUGGAAGAACCUGUCAGUGGAAUUGGGAGCAAUUUACAGAACCAACUGAUGGAAAUUCUGAAUGGCCAUCUAGAAGAAGAGGUCAUGUAUUUCUGUACAGAGAGAGUAAUCAUUCAUUACUCUUAUUUGGAGGAUGUGGAGAUGAAUCCUAUUCAGAUGUAUGGGAAUUUAAUAUUUCACUCAGAAAAUGGACCAAGUUAGCAACAACAGGAGAUGAAAUAGUGCCACGAGGAUAUUCGAGUGGAAUUCUCAUGAAAAAAGACAAUACUGAUGUGCUUGUUAUUUAUGGAGGUGAUAUUGGUGUGGACAAUCAAACACUUACCAACCAAUUAUGUAUAUUGAAUUUAAGUACUUUAGUGUGGAAAACCUAUGACAAUAGUAUUACACCUCCUCUAUUUGGACAUGCAGGAACCACUUGUAAAAUAUCGAAUGAUGAAAUGUUUAUUUUUGGUGGAUGUAAUGAUGAUUACAUUCCCUACUCUGACAGUUAUAUUUACAAUUUGAAAUAUAACACAUGGACUCUACUUGAGGUUGAAAAUAUUCUUCCACUCAAUUGUAGCUCAAUAUUUAUUGAUGAGGAAAGAGGUAUCAUCAAUCUCUAUGGUGGAUAUGAUGAACAGAGAAGAACAGACACCCACAUAGUUAUUCAAGUGAAUCCUCUUUAUGAUUUUAAAAUUUAUAGAACCUUUCCAAAACUCUAUUCGACACUCAAUAGACAAAUUUAUACAGACAUUCUAAUUAAAUCAAUUGAAUGA